AUGUCCGACACCCACUGGAAUCACGCCCUUCAAAUCUCCGGUCAAAUCGGUUUCACCCUCUCCCUGAUCUCCAACACAAUCCUGAUCUUCCUCAUCCACUUCCGCUCGAAUCGUCAAAUCGGAUCUUAUAAGUACAUUCUGAUGUUGUUCUGUGUGUUCACGAUGUUCUACUCGUGCGUCGAGAUGUUUUUGAGGCCAUUUCUGCACAUCUACGACGACACACUUUUCCUGAUUCAGAGGAAAUGGUUCGAUUUGGGAAAGACUGUGACGCGCGUUUUGUCUAGUAGGUUACUGUAG